AUGGCUCGAGAAAGUAAUUCCUGUUUUGACACUCAAUUUGUUUUUGAUAAAAAUAGAUUUAUUGGAGAUGUGAGAUUGGAAAAUAUAAUGGAGUAUACAUGGGGGAGGAAAAUAUCCCAGGUCUAUUUAGUGACAGUCGAUUUCGAUACUAUUGAGUGGCCUAUUUUUAAAGUGUUGGAUUUUGGUCCGAUCCUUAGACAGUGGGUAAAAGUGUUUUACUUGGACAUUUCGAGAUGUGUAAUGAACAAAGGUGCCAGCACAGGUUAUUUCUCACUGGGACGCGGAGUUCGACAAGGGGACCCUAUACCUCCUAUGCUGUUCAUCCUGGCGGUUGAGAUCUUCCUCUGUUCUCUACGCUCUGGUCAGCAUAUUGAAGGGACUUCUGUACUAAGCUAUGAUUCUAUAAAGAGUGUGUCGUUUGCUGAUGAUCUGACCUGUUUCCUCGGUGAUCUCCCAUCAAGUAAAAAACUUCAAAACUCAACGAAUUGGAAAUGGUUCUUGUCAUUAGCAGGGAGUUUGGAAUCACUUUUACGAACUUCAAGCAAUUUUAAACUCAAUGUUGUACCUACAAAGGUAAAUGGCUUUCAAACCUACCUGAGGAACAACAUUUUCUUAAUCAAAGUAUAUGGGUUUUUAGUGUGUAUUUCAAUUUUCCAGUAUGUCGAUGACCUGUUCAGUGAGGAGGAACAGUUGCUUAAUUGGAAUAAACUGAGGGAGAACCUCGCAAUUGCUUUUUGA